AUGUUUAGAAUGCGUAAUAUGCUACUUUUUAAUAUUUGUUCUAAGUGUGAGACAUCAAAAAGCUUAGUAUAUUUAAAUUUGGCUUCAAACAAAAACACAUUUUCUGUGAAAGGCAAUGCACACAAAUCAGAAAAACCAAUUUGCAACUACCACCAUGAUGCCAUGGACGCUUUUACUAAUAGUCUCAUUCUAGAAAAUAUGAUGAAAUGGAAAACAGACAAUUUUGUCACUACAAAUAAUAGGCUGCCAAAAGUCAAAUCAGAUUCUAUGUUUGAACUCUGUGAUGAUCCAGACCAUCUGACCACAUAUCUACAGCAAUGCCUUGAUGGGUACUCUCAAGUCAGUGAAAGUGCACUUAAUCAAUUCAGAUUAACAAUGGCAAGACAUGGCAAAAUUAAUGGAUUAGUCUUAAUUGAAAGAAUCAAUGAAAAGUAUGGUAAUUGUAUUAAGAAAUCUGAAUUACAAAUGAAUUUUGCAGAAGCUUAUUGGGCAAAUGGAAAUUUGUAUAGCAUGUUUAAAAUUUUUGAGACAUUCUACUCUAUAGAGUCGACAAAAGUGAAUUACGUUUUAGACCCUAUCAUUCAUACUAUUGUCAAAUCACAUGGAGUUGCAUCAGUAGUCAUGGUUUCAAAAUUUGUAAAUUCGAUAGUUGUCAAAUAUGGAGAUUAUCAUCCAAUGUGCAUCCUGUGGAAGUAUUUAUUUUUAAGUGAAUUAUAUAAUGAUAACCUAGAAGCUGAAAAAUUAAUAAGACAAAAUACUAAAUUAAUAGAAAAUAUACAAUACCUUACACCAGCCCUUACAAAAAAAAUGUUAAAAGCCCAUAAAAUCAAUUGUGUUCAAAGGAUAAUGAUAAUAUUAUUAAAACAUAAACGAAUGGAACCUUAUCAAUGGAUCUUAAGGUCUCUGUUUGAGUAUUAUUACACUUUGGGAAAUGUUCGCCAAUGCAAAGAAAUUAUGAAACACUCUAUUGAACUCAAUGUACCAUUAACACAAGCACAGGAAUCACGUUUAAUUCACAUGGUGCUCAACAAUAAACAUCAACAAAAAAUCAACAAGGAAGUGACUGCGAUUAUAUUUAAACUUAUGUUUUAAAUUAGUAUGCUAUUUGUUAAUACAAUUUUGUUGUUGUUUAAAACCAAAUAAUAAUACCUAUUAUAUUGUUUUAUAUUUGAAAUAAUGCUAGUUAUAUGUUACAUACUAUUAAUAGUAAAAAUAAUAUUUUAAAUGGUAACACUAACUGUACUAUUGUGAUUAUUGAAUUCUUCAGGUUUUCUUUUUAAUAACAGCGGGUGGUUAAAUUACAGAAAAAAUACAUAAAUACAAGUUAGAAAAAGUGAUAUUAAUUAAUAGUUAUAAUUAUAAUGUAAUAAAAAUAAAUCCAUCCCAUUCAAAUAUUAAAAAUUGACUUAUGUAUAAAUUCUUAAACAUUAAUGACCCAAAUGAAUAAUAUUAUUUGGCCUUUUUCAUUGUAAAAAUAAAUUAAUAUCAGAAAAAAAUACUUUGAUUGUAAAUAAAUAUAAUAGACUAAUAUUU